AAUGAUACGGCACUGUGCAUGAGUGCAUGUCGUUUUGAUUAAAGAUGGAGGAAACGGGUAACGAGAAAUUCCUAUCGCGAAGACGUUCCGCCGCUUUGAAGGCUUUUAAAGUCAAGGACGAGAGAGUAGCUACCUUAAAGAAGGUGGCAGCGAUUUUACAAAAAUCCGAAAUAGAUAGAACGGCGGAAGAAACUGGGAUAUUAGCCUCCUGCAGCGAUGUAGUGAAAGAGGUUAAUUUACGACAAGAAAAACGAGAUAAAAUAAAAGCAAGAUUAGAAGAAGUCGAAGAUGCAGCUGAAAUUUUGGACGAAAAAUGUAUGCGCUUGGCAGCAGCAAUCAGCAGAGCAACGUCCCUAGCAGUAUACACUGGUGCUGGCAUUAGUACAGCAGCAUCUAUUCCAGAUUAUAGAGGAACUAAUGGAGUUUGGACUCGUAUGCAACAAGGGAAGGACAUUGGGAAUCAUGAUCUGAGUCAAGCUGAACCAACAUUAACGCAUAUGGCACUUUAUGCAUUAUACAAAGCACGAGUUCUCAAGCAUGUAGUUUCUCAAAACUGCGAUGGAUUACACUUGCGCAGUGGUAUUCCGCGUAACUUUCUGUCCGAAGUUCAUGGCAAUAUGUACGUGGAAGUUUGUAGGGUAUGCAAGCCACCUAAGGAAUAUUGGAGGCUCUUUGACGUUACUGAAAAGACUGCUCGAUAUCAGCACGGUACAGGAAGAUUAUGCCACAGAUGUAAUUCAUUAUUGCAAGAUUCUAUUGUUCAUUUCGGCGAGAGAGGUAAUCUGCCUUGGCCAAUCAAUUGGAGCGGAGCGUCCAGAGCUGCGAAGCAAGCAGAUGUUAUAAUAUGUUUAGGUUCUAGUCUAAAAGUUCUCAAGAAAUAUCCGUGGUUAUGGCAGAUGGAUAGACCCGUUCAGAAAAGGGCUUCCUUGUACAUUGUCAAUUUGCAAUGGACUCCAAAAGAUGAAAAUGCAGUUUUAAAAAUAAACGGAAAAUGCGACGAAGUGAUGAAAAGAAUAAUGAGUCAUCUCGGAUUAGAGAUACCGCAAUAUAAUCGUACAAAGGAUCCAAUUUUCUUUCACGCUAUAAAGCUUCAGAACAGCGAACAGCUCACUACGACUCAACCGUGUCUCGAAGAGCCGACAAUCAAGAAGGAGCCUUUGAGUCAAAGUAGCGAUGAAAAUGUGAAGUGUACAGUGCAGCAAACUGACGACAAAGAAGAUGACUGCAUAUCGACCGUAACAGUAACUGACACAACGACUGCCUAUCCAGCGCCUUUUUUCGCCGCGUUACCGUUCUUAUCCAUGGGCUUGCCAUUUCCUCCUAUGUACAUGUAUCCUCAAUUGACGCCGUUAUUUUAUUAUCCUUUCAUACAAGUACCGAAUGCGCCGAUAGAAGCGCCGAAACCCAAGCCAGCUUGUUCGUUUUGUAUGGAAUAUGAAGGCUCCCUUAGCUGUUUGUAUUAUCAACGUGACGGAGAUUGUCCUGCACCGACAAAGACAGAGAACGAGCAGAAGCAGGAAGAAGGUACACUGGUGAUUCACGCGGAUACUCCAAGCAUAGCAUCUCCAAAGAAUCCAGGCUGGUUUGGUAAAGGAUACCGUAAAGGUAUGAAAAGGAAGCGGUAGCAUCUGCUCUUUAUAAUACGCGCAACGCUUUUUUGGUCCUCGCUCCUUAUCGAGAUUACAAUAUAACCUUGUAUUGUACGAUAUAUAGUAACGUACAUAAGUAUUUAAAGUCGCCAUAUCGUAAUGAAACUGCAUAUUUUGUAGGUUUAAAGUAAUUUGAUUCCAGUAUUUGAAGCUUUAACAAAUAGACUGAAAUUUUGAAAAUGAAUUCUAAUAACACACAAAAGCGAUCUAUUAUUUGUAUCCAUUUCAGAAAGCUUACUUUAUUUUCUCAAGAUUUAUACUUUUUUCAUAUAAUAGCAACAUGUGGAAAUAGGCUACACAUUUGGAUAGGAAAUAAUUUAAUUAUUUCCUAUAUAAAGAUUUAAUUUUGAGAAAAUAUUUUAUUAUUAGUUAUUAAUCAAACACACAAAACAUGUUUUAUCUUUGUUUUGUUACAUGAAUGUUUUUAUCAUCAAUUAUUCUUUGACUGUAUUUUGCAUACUAAUAUUUUCAAAAGUUUCUCUUCCCAUAUUUACAACAGUAUGUCGUAAAAUAGGCUGAGAUAAAUGUAGAAAUAGUAAAUAAGUUUUAUUCAUUAGAUUUAUUUAUAACUAUAACAUAAAUUUAAUAGUUUCAAAUUUCAGGUACUCAUUAGAAAUCAAAUGUCAAGUUACUUUUUCGGUAACUUGUAAAACAAUAAUUCCGUAUCUUUAUAUUUAUUAUUCUAUCUAAAGCGUCCUUAUUUGUAUUAAUCAAAACUGGAUUGAUACUUGCCUCUAUCGUACACUCAAUCUAUAUAUCGAACUCGUAUAUUGUAACACACGAUAAUUAAGAGUAUGCAAAUACUUUAAUAGAUAUAUAUAUGUAUAUAUAUAUAUAUCUUAGGGUAUAUUUUAUUAGACCACAGGAAUAUAUUGCGAGCAUUAUCAUUGUUCAACAUAUUUUUAUAUAAAAUAGUUAAAAACAAUCAUUUCUAUCAUCACACAUUUUAAUAACUUUAUAUAAUUUAAAUUAUUGCUAUCGCGCAUUACUCUUGUUAUUUAUCUAAUAUGUUUUAUAGAUAUGUAGAAAGAUAGACUCGACAUAUCAUUAUUGACUUUAUAUAUACUUGCCAUGACAUAUUUAAAAAAACACACAGAUUCCAUUUUCUCAUUUCUUUUCCCAUUUGCAUAAAUCAAAUAUAUAAUUCAAUUAUUAGUUUACGUAUGCCGAGUCUGUCUUUUUUUGUGUCUAUGAUUUAUUUUUUAAUGAUUUAGCGUGCUGUAUUCGCCACUAUAUAUAUUUGAAUUGAUUCCUUGUUGAUACUUAGGACCAACUCGACACACACAUACACACACGACGAAUGUAUGCAUGUGUGUGUGUGCGCGUGCGUGGAUGUGUAUUUCUGCAUAUUUAUAUUGAUAUAUCAUUUUAUCAUCUCAAUUAUUAUUUUUGUUUAUAUGAUUAAUUUAAUUAAUCCUAUGUAUUGCCCAAAUUAUUAAAAAAAAACGUUCAAUAUAUACAAAAAAUAAAUUAAGUAAAAAAUAAAUAAUAAAUCUAUACUUCUCUCUCUAAAUACUUCUAAAAUACGAAAUCUAGAAACACGAAUAGAUUUUCCAUAUUGUAACUUCAAAGUUCUAAUAGAUGACAAACAAAGAGAAAUGUAAAAAAAUGAACAAAACUGAAUGAUAAAAUUGAUGCAUUACUUGAAAGCUAUAUUGGGCAAUCGAGGAUUGAACGUAUCUACGUUUAAUAUGUCGUGAGAAUAACAUCGACAGUUCCCAAAGCAAUAUAUUAAUUAUAAAAUAUGAUGUAUAUUAAGUGAGACUUAGUGCAAUACAACAGUUAUAAUCCUUCCAGGUUACUGUAUGUAUGCUGGUAUUGUAUACUUGGAAAAAAAUGAAUGCUUUUGCUAGAAAUUAUAACACGAUUAAUGUAUAUGUGCGAUGUUUGUGAUAUGUUUUUCUACAAGAAUUUAAAUUUUUAUUCGAAAUUUUUCAUGCUUACGCAAUACUGGUAAGAUAAGAUAAGACUCACACGGCUAAUUUAUAAUAAAUUUCAGAAUUUAGUGUGCUUUUUAAUGUGUCAAAAAAAAAAAAAAAA